ACUACUGUCACCCAAGUGGCACCACACUCACCAAACAAGAAAGAAACACUCGUGUUCCAGUCUCACCCUAUCCUCUACCCCAAAGAUGUGUGGUUGAGACUUGAGAGUUGGACCAACUCCCAUUGUUUUUACCCACAGACCAGAGGCACCAGCUUAAUCUAUACUUGACACCCUUUGGCACUGCAAUGGCAUUAUCAACUGUCUCCCCACUUUAUAUCUCAAAGUCUCCAAAUCAUCUACAAUCUCUGUCCAAACCCUUCACCGUCGUCUGCAGGAUUGAGCCCCAAAGGGAAAAUUAUUGUCGCGCCAAUGCAGAGUCGAAGAAGUGGCAAAGACUGGUUUCAACCGCAUUGGCUGCCGCGGUUGUUACCCUUAGCCCGGUGAUGCCUGCUGUCGCGGAUCUCAAUAAGUAUGAAGCCGAGACGAGGGGUGAAUUUGGGAUUGGAUCAGCAGCCCAAUUUGGUUCUGCAGAUCUCAGGAAAGCAGUUCAUGUGAAUGAAAAUUUCAGAAGAGCCAAUUUCACAUCUGCCGACAUGAGGGAGUCUGAUUUCAGUGGUUCAACAUUUAACGGCGCAUACCUUGAGAAAGCUGUUGCAUAUAAGGCGAAUUUUACAGGUGCGGAUUUAAGCGACACAUUGAUGGAUCGCAUGGUUCUGAAUGAAGCAAAUCUCACAAAUGCUGUGCUGGCUAGAACAGUGCUCACUCGCAGUGAUCUUGGGGGUGCUGUUAUUGAAGGUGCUGAUUUCAGUGAUGCUGUUAUAGAUCUUCCCCAGAAGCAGGCUCUCUGUAAGUAUGCAAGUGGCACAAAUCCUAUUACUGGCGUGAGCACCAGAGCAAGCUUGGGCUGUGGGAACAGCAGACGGAGCGCCUAUGGUUCACCAUCUUCCCCUUUGUUAAGUGCUCCACCACCAAAACUGCUUGAUCGGGAUGGAUUCUGUGAUGAAGGCACUGGGCUCUGUGAUGCAAAGUAAACUCAAGGCAUAAUGACAACCCAAUGGCAGUCUAUAUCUGCAUAUAUAGACGGAAGCAUGGGAAGUAAAAAAAAAGAGCACUAUCAAUGCACCAGUUUUCCCUUGGAAGCUAUUGAUAAUUUUACUUUUGAAAUACAUCGGGAACACUUACCAUAACUUGUUUGUACUGUAUUCCAAACAAGAUUCGAAAAUAAAUUUUGCAAAUCAUAUUACUUACCUGGUGUCAACGAUGUUUUGUUUUAUAGAACCUGUGAAGUCGUUAUGCAAUGUUGAUGUCUUGUUAUGACUCAUGUAUUUAGUUUGUCUUUAAACAUGCAGCUGACUUAUCUUCA